AUGGAUCCACAACAACAGGCAACUGCUGCAGCAAUAGCAUGGGCUCACUAUUAUGGUUGGUCAGUGACAGAUUAUAAUAACGCUUAUGGUACAAACUUUACAGAUGAACAAUAUCAACAGUAUAUUCAACAUUAUUACCAAAGCCAGGACCCAAAUAGUUAUUAUGGUUAUUAUGAUCCUUCCUAUUAUCAACAACAACAACAAGCAAUACCCCAACAACAAAAUAUUCAAACUACUUAUAAUCCACAACCAGCGACGUCAUCAUCAUCUUCUUCUUCUCCACCACCUCCACCACCUCCCUCUACUUUGACAACUGCAGAUACUUCCAAGACCUUGACCACCACCACCACCACUACUACUACUACUACUUCAUCAUCUACAGGAAAAAAUCAUCAACAGAAUCACUUAUCAGAAGACAUACCAGAAAAGACGUUGAAAGAAGUAGGAUAUCCAUGUCAAACCUUAGAUGAUCCUUCUUUAUUAUUCGAAAAGAUUGGACAAGUAGGAGAAGGAACUUAUGGUAAGGUUUAUAAGGCACGUAAUGGGAAGACAGGAAAAUUAAUGGCUUUAAAGCGUAUUCGAAUGAAAAAUGAAAGAGAUGGAUUUCCAAUUACAGCAAUGCGAGAAAUUAAACUCUUACAAAAAUUAAAGCAUGAACGUAUUGUAGAAUUACAAGAAAUUAUGGUAGCUAAAGGCUCUGUAUAUAUGGUAUUAGAAUACAUGGAUCACGACUUGUCGGGUAUAUUAGGUCAUCCAAAUUUCAAUUUUGAACCAGCUCAUGCAAAGUCAUUAGUUAAGCAAAUGUUAGAAGGUUUAGCCUAUCUACAUCAUAUGGGUAUACUUCACCGAGAUAUUAAAGGAUCUAAUUUAUUGAUAAAUAAUAAGGGAGAAUUAAAAAUUGCAGAUUUUGGACUAGCAAGAAUAUUUGAAAAGAAUAGAGCUCAUGAUUAUACCAAUCGAGUAAUUACACUUUGGUACAGACCACCAGAAUUAUUGCUCGGUGCAACUGCUUAUGGGCCAGCUGUAGAUAUUUGGAGUGUAGGAUGUAUCAUGUUGGAGUUCUUUACAGGGAAAGCAGUUUUUAAUGGAACAGAUGAAGUGAGUCAGUUAGAUAGUAUAUAUAAAAUUAUGGGAACACCUUCUGUAGAGACUUGGCCCACUGUAAAAGAUUUGCCAUGGUUUGAAUUAGUACGUCCCAAUGAAAAUUAUGCUUCAAAGUUUAGAGAAUCCUUUGAAUCUUUAUUAUCGCCUGGUGCAUUAGAAUUAUCUGAAGCACUCUUAUCUAUGGACCCAUUAAAGAGACCGUCAGCAACAGAAGCAUUAGAGUUUAAUUAUUUUAAACAUGAAUUACCAGAACCUAUUAUGCCAGCAAACUUAUUGGAUAUCAAUGGUGAUUGGCAUGAAUUUGAAUCCAAACAACGUAAAAGACAGAAAGGGGCAACUACAUCCAAUAAAAAUGACAUUAUGAAUAAGCCAAAGACAGUGCCUUCUUCAUCUACAUUAAAUCACACAACAACAACAACAACAACAACAGCAGCAGCAGCAGCAGCUUCUACAGUCAAAUAA